UAGACACCAUGUGUUCAACAACCAUCACAAAACUUCUAAAACUAUCUGUCCAUCCACAUCUUUUUCUUAUACAAAACUGCAAAAACAUAAAACAUCUAAUGAAAUUUCAUGCACAUUUCAUCACAAAUGGACUUUCCAAUAAUACCCUUUUCCUAAGUGCCAUUCUUUAUUUUACUGCACUUUCUAAAAAUGGAAAUUUAGCAUAUGCCCACUUAAUUUUUAACCAAAUUAAUUCACCUAAUACUUUCAUGUUUAAUACUAUGAUUAGAGGCUAUGCUGAUUCUAACCUUAAUAAUCCAAUCCAACUAAAGCAAUGUCUUUUUAUGUUAAAAUGUUGCAAUAUGGUUUUUUACCUAAUAAUUAUACUUACCCUUUUGUAAUUAAAGCAUUGUGUAGGACUAAAGAUUAUAUUUUUGGUGAAACAUUGCAUUGUUCUGUUAUUAAAUUUGGGCAUGUUAUGGACCUUCAUAUAGCAAAUUCACUUUUACAUAUGUAUGCAAGUUUUGGGGUUUUUUCAAAUGAGGUUAUGAAACUGUUCGAUGAAAUGCCUGAAAGAGAUGUAGUUUCUUGGAAUGUGAUCAUUGAUGAUUUGGGUAAAAAUGGUUGUUUUGAUGAGGUUAUGGAUGCAUUUAACGAGAUGUGUCGAUAUGGGGUUGAGCCUAACUCGGUUACACUUCUUGGACUUGUCUCAUCUUGCUUGAAAUUUGAAGAUUUUGGCUUGGGUAAGUUGAUUCAUUUGUAUAUAAUAAAGAAAGGAAUAGACAUUAGUGAAAAUCUUGGGAAUGGGUUGAUUGAUAUGUAUGCUAAGUUUGGAGAUACGGAGUCGGCUGGGAAGUUGUUCGAUAGGAUGGAGAUGAAGACAGUUUUCGCGUGGACUUCAAUUCUUGAUGGUUUUAUACAAAAGGGUGAACUAGAAAGAGCUAGUGUUGUUUUUAAUCAGAUGCCUAAUAAAGAUACUACUGCUUGGAAUGUCAUGCUUAAUGGGUAUUCUGAGGCGGGUGACAUGAUUUCAGCAGAGACGAUCUUUCGAGCAAUGCCAGAGAGAGAUUUAGUCUCAUGGAACACUAUGAUUGUUGGCUGUAGUCAGAACAAGAAGUAUAUGAAGUCCUUAGAGAUGCUAAUGGAAAUGCUCGGGUUUGGAUUGAAACCAGAUCGGAUUACAUUAGUCGGGUUGUUCUCAGUGUGUGGAUAUGCAGGUGUACUACGUGUCGGUGAAGCCAUUCACUCCUUCAUGGAAAAACUUAACAUAAAGGAGGAAGAAGUCCAGGUCGCCUUGUUGGAUAUGUAUAGCAAGUGUGGUGAUCCUGAGAAAGCUCUUAGAGUAUUUCACACGAUACCGAGAAAAUCAGUGUUGGCUUGGACAACAAUGAUCGUCGGACUAGCAAUGAACAGUCUUGCAAGUGAAGCUCUUAUGUUCUUUCAUCAAAUGUGUGAUGAGGGAAUAAAGCCUAAUGAGAUAACAUUUUUAGGUGUUCUAUGUGCUUGUAGUCAUGCAGGUUUAGUAAAAGAAGGUAAAUGGUUGUUCAAUGCUAUGAGUAAAGUACAUGGCAUUACACCAAGAUUUGAGCAUUAUGGUUGUAUGGUGGAUCUUCUUGGCCGGGCCGGUUUGCUUAAAGAAGCAGAGAUGUUUAUUCAAAAUAUACCUGAAAAGGCUGACGCUGGCAUAUGGGGUGCCUUAUUGGGAGCUUGUCGAACGCACGGGGAGGUUCAAAUGGGUGAAAAGAUAGCCAAGAUUGUGACUCAAAUGGACCCAUAUCACUCGGGGCAGUACAUUCUUCUCUCCAACAUGUAUGUUGCAGAAAAUAGGUGGCUUGAUGCUGAAAAGGUAAGGAAGAAGAUGAAAACUUCAGGUAUACAUAAAACUCCAGGGUUCAGUUUGGUUGAGAUGAAAGGUGAAAUGCAACAAUUCAUAGUAGGCAAUCAUUCUUAGUAGGAAAUUUGCCAAUUCUGAUGCAUGUACUAUGAAAA